AUGGGACAACAGAAUUUGAUCUACAGCUUCGUGGCUCGUGGCACCGUGAUUCUCGCCGAGUAUACUGAGUUCAAAGGUAACUUUACGUUCGUCGCUGCACAGUGCCUCCAGAAGCUUCCUUCUUCGAACAACAAGUUUACCUACAACUGCGACGCGUAUUAUUGUGUUGUUUCUGUUGAAUCUGUUGGGAGGCAGAUUCCAAUGGCUUUCUUGGAACAUGUUAAGGAAGAUUUCAACAAGACAUAUGGUGGUGGAAAGGCGACCACUGCUAAACCCAAUAGCUUGAACAAAGAGUUUGGGUCUAAACUGAAGGAGCAUAUGCAGUACUGUGUGGAUCAUCCUGAGGAGAUUAGCAAACUUGCUAAGGUUAAGGCUCAGGUGACGGAGGUGAAAGGUGUUAUGAUGGAGAACAUUGAGAUGAUUAGAAUUCUGUUUUUUUUCCCCUAA